UCAGCCCCUCCCUCUUUUUGGAGACAACUGCAACAAGUGCAUUAAGAUGCUCUUCGUCCUCUUCGAGACGUACUUGUUUUAAACAGUAGUUUUCGCUGCCAUACGAAACAGGUUUCCUCCACCACCAACCCGAAAUACUUUUAAUCACUUCAACUUUGCGUUUUAGGCACUUAUAUCGUCUCGCAAAGUCGAAUUUAAGGAACUUGUUGGCGCGACUGAAGUUUAUUGGCGAGUGCUCGUCAGCUAGCAUUAGUUGCUACUGCUAGCCCCGGUUUUUUGUUUUUUUUCGAGGAGCCGGAAAAAUGUAGAAACUAUUUAUUUUCUUUUUUUAAAUUGCAUUGUUUUCUUUUUAAGUGACUCCCACUCGAUAUGGACGAGGGGAGCGACGCUUCAGAGAAAGCCCGGCUACUUUUCUAUGGCUAAAAAGGGUCAGGAGGGGGAACAUCAAAGACUAUGAGUACGGCAGAACCAAAGGACAGAGUCUCGUCUAUCAGCGAAGACUCUUUCCCUCGCCUCUCCUCCGCCGGCAUCGUGGACCCUGCGAUCCGGAGUCGCCCCUUCAGCGACUCGUACCUGUUCCACGGUCAAUCCGAGAGGAGCCUCGCACCGUACCUGCAGCCCGUCACCGUGGGCCCCGCCGCCACGGACGAGGGCCACCCGAACGGCGUGGGCGACUCCUCCUCCGGGAAGCCCAGUUCUUCAAGAAUCAUGAGGCUGUUCUCCAGCUCCAGGAAGGGCUCCUUUGCCGCGACCGACAGUCCCGCCGCUCUCCCCGUGCUCGGCAUGGUGGACUCUUUUAAAAAGCUGCGCACCUCCGUGCUUCACGGCAUUCAGACUCGAGGCGCAAGUGGACUAGCGCCCUCGUCGAGUCGCGAAGCGGAGAACGGGCACACCCUCAGCGCCGCCGCCGCCGAGUACCCGUCGAAAGGAAAUUUGACGGCGAGUCGCUACGACUCUGAUAUCGACGAAGACGAGGACGUCGCAGAGGGCCUCCAACGCAAUUCCCGCUUCUCCCGAAGUAUGAGGAAAGCGUACGGAGCGGGACGCAUCACCAUGUCGGACAUGGACGAGGAGAGCCACGCGGCAGGUUGCACCGACCACAAGAAAGCAAAGAUCAACGGGCAAGCGGAAAACGCAUCGAAUGCGACCGUGCUGAGUCGACUGAGCAAGAGCGCGGAUAACCUUCAGGUUUUUAAAAUCCCGUUCCGCCGCAAGGCCCCCACGCCGUCCCCUCAGCCAACCCCCCAGAGGACUACAACGUCAAACGGGACUCCGAAUAUCCAAAGAACCUCCAGCGCCUCCUCGGUGGACCUCGGCAGUCUCAGGAGGAGCCCGGUAAGAGUGAAGGGACAAAUGCUGAAGUUGAUGGGCAGCAUUACCGACGUGAACGUCUUGCGCCGGCCGAGUGACUCCCCCUCGCCGGGACCCCCCGUUCCCAUGUCGCCCCUAAGCCGUCUCCACGACGACUACUCCCGACGCGUCCCUUGCCGGAGCACGAGCGAACGAAGGCGCCGACCCUCACCCGUCAGACCUCGGGUCCUGUCGGCCGGGCACACGCCGCUGGUUCACGCCCCGCUGGUUCACGCACCACCGAAAGAGGACGUUGCCACGCUCCAGCAUCAGGUUUCUACGGAAGACGGAUCCCUGGAGAUUAUCAACUGCGGUUUUGUGUCGGAAGACCAGUUGCCUCCUGAUGAUCGAAAAGCCGAGCCGCAAAAUGAGGUCACGGCAGAAGAGCAAAGGGAGGAAGCGUUGCAACCGGAUGCCGACUCGUCGGAAACCAGCAGCAGCACCUCUGCUCUCUCUCCGGUCUUCGUCCCGGAAUCGCCCACGUCGCAGCCCACAGAAGCCACCGCCGUCAAAUCCCGGCGACGGAGCGGGCGCCCGAGACCACGGCCCAUCUCGGACUACGGGCAGCUCCUGUCCAGAAAGCACUGCAUCCCCGAAGAGGUGGGCGAGGUGAACCCCGAUGAAAGGACGCACCCGCUUCAUCCGGAAUGUAUCGGGAACGGCGUGUGCGAGAGCGGCGACGAGUGCGGCGUGAACGGGAACGUGCCAGGCAAGCGGCAACAGCGUCCCAUCUCUGUCAUGGGGGUGGAGAACUUGUACACCCCCGACGUCGAUGAGGACCAACUUCCUUCUCCUCUGUCACGGCCGCCCAUUCCCUCCCACCAGGUCCCCCCCUACAAGGCAGUCUCAGCCAGGUUACGCGCCCCCACCCUCUCCCAGAGCACCCCCAUCGGGCUGGACCGCGUAGGCAGGAGAAAACUGCACCGAGUGCUCAGCGACGGCGUGUCCAAAGUCUCGGCGGCGCUGGACGACAGCGUGAGCGAGGAAGAAGAGGAGGGGAGCUUCGACGAGCUCGCCGACGUCACGCCGUACCUGGAACCAGGCGUGGAGCUUUCCGUGCUCGUGGAGUGGAUCAGCUCGGGCCACGCCGUGUACGCUGAGGCCCUGUGGGACCAUGUGACCAUGGAGGAGCAGGAGCUGGCCUUUAAGGCAGGCGACGUAAUCCGCAUCCUGGAUGCCUCGCACAAGGACUGGUGGUGGGGCAGGGGGCCCGACAAGGAGGCCUGGUUCCCCUCAAGCUUUGUCCGGGUGCGCGUGAACCAGGAAGACUCCAGCGCGGGGAGUGUGGAGAGCGUGGACGACCAGGAGGACCCGGCUCCCCGCGAAACGCACAGCAGUCAGCACAGGCAGCAGAUGAGGACCAACGUGGUGCAGGAGAUCAUGAACACAGAACGCAUCUACAUCAAGCACCUGAAAGACAUCUGCGAGGGUUACAUCCGUCGGUGCCGCAAGCACCCGGAGAUGUUCAACGAGCUCCAACUAAACACCAUCUUCAGCAACAUUGAGGACAUCUACAAGUUCCAAAGGCAGUUCCUUCGCGACUUGGAGAAAAAGUACAACAAGGAGCAGCCUCAUCUCAGCGAAAUCGGCUCUUGCUUUCUCUUGCAGGGCGAGGGAUUUUCUAUCUACUCUGAGUACUGCAACACCCACCCGGCGGCCUCUGCCGAACUGCAGCGCCUCAUGAAGUCUGGCCGGUACAAGCACUUCUUUGAGUCCUGCCGCCUCCUGCAGCAGAUGAUUGACAUCUCCAUCGCCGGCUUCCUGCUCACUCCCGUGCAGAAGAUCUGCAAAUACCCUCUGCAGCUGGGGGAGCUGCUCAAGUACACCCCCAAAGACCACAGGGACCACGGCGGUGUGAGCGAUGCCUAUGAGGCCAUGAAGAAUGUGGCAAGUCUGAUCAACGAGAAGAAGCGGAGGCUGGAGAGCGUGGACGCCAUCGCUCAUUGGCAGGUGGCCAUUCUCCGCUGGGAGGGACCUGACGUGCUGGUGCGAAGCUCCGAGUUGAUCCACUCUGGGGAGCUGACUCGAAUCCUCCGCCAGGGCAAAAUGCAACAACGCAGCUUUUUCCUCUUCGACCACCAGCUGGUCUUCUGCAAAAAGGACGUCCUGCGCCGGGACCUCCUCCACUACCGAGGGCGGCUGGAUAUGGACCUCACCGAAGUGCUGGACAUUCCCGACGGGCGGGACCCGGGCCUGGGUCUGACCCUGAGGAACGCCGUGCGCCUGCGCCACGCCGACACGCUUGAGUUUGUGUGCGUGCUGUGCUGUCGCAAGCUCCAGGACAAGGAGAGGUGGCUGCAGGCCUUCAGCAAGGAGAGGCAGCGGGUCAAGGAGGACCAGGAGAUGGGAAUAGAAAUCAGUGAGGAGCAAAAGAAGCAGUCGAUUGUGAACGCCAGAAGAGCAAAACAGGGCAAAAUGAACACUGUGGGCUACUCCGGCUCCGUGCCCCCGCACCACCAAAACCUCCACCCGCUCCACCAGCGACACGUGACCAUCCCCACCAGCGUCCCCCAGCAGCAGGUGUUCGCCCUGGCCGAGCCACCCAAGCGAAAGCCUUACCAGCUACUCUACAGCAUCACCCGCAGCGCCUUUUUCAGGAAGUGAACCAGACAUUCGUCCAUUCCUUUGAAUGUACUCGUUUGUGUGUGUUUUGUAACAUGUUGUUGACUGUGCCUUGGAUGAAGAAGGGGCAACUAGUGUUAAAAUACCAACUGUUUUGUUCUGGUACCCCUCAACUGUGUCUCUGUGACAAUGAUGCCUCAUCUGCUUUUAUGUUGACUCGUAUUUUAUUUCACAAAGGCUGGACCCUUUUUGUUGUUGUUGUUGUUGUUUUUAUUUGGACUUCUGCUGCUGAACACCCUUUUCUGUGAAUAACAUUGUAAAUAAAACUCUUGUAUUGAAA